GGUGCAUGUGCGUGCACGAGAAGAUAUAGGCUAAUACGGUACAGCGACAGAGCAACAGACGGCGUGGACCGAUCCGUACGUUUGCCAGCAUGAAAGGGAUCGAAGCCAAAAUUGUCGUACUCGGGUCGCAAGCUCCAACCAUCAGCGCUCGAAGAUCGGUUCGCUGGAUCGAAGGCUUUCGCUUUCAUGAAGAUCCCACUCAGAGCCCAGAACAUAAACCAGACACCUGGCGUCGGGGACAAGAUAAGCGAGCAUGUGUUUGAACAGCAUAUAAUCAUGCCUCGGGUUAACCGCACCGUUGUUCCCGAUUUCUUCAAUUUUUGCUCCAUUUUCUUACACGCUUCCUUGGCUCUUUCCAUAAUUUACUCCCCGCCCACAACGUUACAACCCUUUCCCCAGCGUCGCCAUGCAUCCGUGUGCUUGUGUACUGCAAAUAAUUUUGUGCGGGCAUGGGAUUAGGUUUCGGAUUUUGUUAUUCAUCGGUAGCGGCAUGCGUACCUCCACCGUGACCGUGCUUAUCAGUGCAGAAAGUGCUGGAUACGUUGGGCUGUGCAGCAGCAGAAGCAGUUACCGUGUAUGGUGGGGUGUGCUGUGUGGUACAGAAACCGAUUUUACUCCCUUUCCGUUUGCUUCCUCCCCGAUUUCGUAUCGGAUAUCGGUUCGAAACGUUGAACCGUUUCCUCAACCCCCUGUUGUUGGUUGCCCUCAGCUUCAGUUAGGGAGUUCCUUCAACUCCUUAUCUUAAUGCUGUUUUAAGCUUUUUUUUUCUAGCCGAAGCAGAAAUAUAUCACUUUCACGGAAGAUGCUAAUUAUUGCUGGUUGCAAAUUAAGCGCAUAUGAUAUGCUACUACUACCCACAUCAUCAUCAUCCUUCGGUACACAUACAACACAUCCUGGUGUUGGUAAAACGAGUCUGGUCGUGCGAUAUGUCUCGAAUGUAUACACCAAGGAAGUAUCCCCCACGAUCGGGGCAUCAUUCUUCACCUGCAAAGUCAAUUUAGAAGACAACAAAGUAAAGAUGCAGGUUUGGGAUACAGCGGGACAGGAACGAUUCAAAGCGAUGGCCCCGCUCUACUAUCGCAACGCAAACGCGGCCCUGCUGGUGUUCGAUCUCACGCAGUACAAUUCCUUCAACGAAAUCAAAGGCUGGGUACAGGAGCUGCAACGGAAUGUGCAGGAACCGAUGGUACUGUCGCUCGUAGGCAACAAGCUCGACCUGGAAGCGAAACGUGCCGUCUCCCGGGAAGAAGCAAUGCUGUACGCGAACUCGAUCGGUGGCAACUACUUCGAAACCUCUGCCUUACACGAUCAGGGUAUCGAACAAGUGUUCAUUUCGAUAGCGGUAGGAUUAAUAAAACUUUCCGGUAAAGACGUAUGCUCAUCUCUCAAGCGAUACGAAUCGAACGAUUCCCUCGUACUGUCCGGCUAUUCGACACGUGUGAACGGUGUCGUACAGAUGGGCAUACCGGUGGAAAAUGACAGUAUAUUAAGUGACGGUAUGGGCCGACUGGAAACGCCUUCCUGGAGCCGGGACCACAUAGCGCACGGUGACGAGCAGCGGGUUGGCUGGUGCUGCUAUUAGACUGCUGGAUGCAGACCACUCGACAAUUUAUUGGACAAGUAUUUUCUUUCGGUUCUCAUUUCUCCUAUUUUUCUAACGGGGAUAAGAAGAAGAAAAAAAACACCGGAACGCGGAAAAGAACCCUUCCCCCCCUCCCGCGCGUUUCCGCCCCUUCCCCGCAGAACGGGUGACCUAGUACGCGGGUCGAUUUCGAGAGAUUUGUGAUAGCUUUUUAUAUUUAUAUAUAUAUACAACAACAACAGCACAUAUAUACACGCUCCAACCUCAGAUUGAUAACUGAAAUGAUGAUUAAGAAGGUUGGGCGAUGACUCAAAUGCUUUGUAAACUGGUUGUUAGAAAUCGAGACACAAUUUCAUCUGCAAAUAGUUCUCUCCUGCGCCAGCAGUUCGUGAUAAGGAGAAAUGCGUCGAAGCAAUUAAAUGGUGGCAGUGGCUUAUCGUUAAGAACAUUGCCCCACAUUUGCCGGAAAACGGGGAUUUUUGUUUUGGGCAUUCCCGGAACGCGAACUGAACGGAAUUGCAAGCAAUAUGGUUCUGGUAGGCUUAAAGGCUUUAGUUUGACCAUCUUUAUAAGCUUGAGUGAGGAAUGAUGUAGGAAUGAUGCCAGCUUAAGCUACCGGCAACCUCGUGACGACACACACAUUAAAUGGAUGAUCUCCUCCAGCCAGCAGCGCACGCAAACGGGAUGGCGACAGAUGCAUCGUUCGAACUGUUGCCGAUUCCGGGGAGCCAAAAAGGGGAUUCGAAUCCGAUUGGUAUACACCGAUUUAUACAUAUAGAGAGAGAAAGCGCAUAAAUACAUAAAUACACACACCAACACGCUCAAUGCGGACAGGAGUGCGCUCAUAUCUGUUUAUUUAGUCAAAAGAGUCAAUUACUUUCGAUCAUCAUCCUCUUCACCGAUUGUUGACCAUGUAACGAUAUGCUUGCAUUUUCGUACAUAUUAUCCAGUUUUGUGGCUCGUUGAUAGGUUUACUUUCCGUGUUUUUUUAAAUAAACUAUUUACGAAGAGCUGUGCGAAAUAAGA